ACUCAUCUCAUCUGCUUGAGCAAAACUCCAAAACCCUCCAACCAAAAUCCUACUGUACAAAAUCUAUACUAGUUUCUUUUUUUUGGCUUGUGACCUAAAAUCAGAAUCCAGAUAAGAAACUCUUCGACGAUGGCUCCAAAAACAUGGCUGAAGUUUCUGAUAUAACGUCAAAUUUUGGUUAUCGUUUUGGAGCAUUUAGAGGAGCUCGACUUCACGCUUUCCCAUGACUCUCCUUCCUUUUCCCUUAAGCCCUUUUCUCUCCUUUGCCUCUUCACUUUAGAGCCUAACAAUAAAAACCCUCCUGAAGUCGUAGCUGCUUUAGUCUUGGGGUUUGUUCUCCGAGCUGGGUUGACUCAACUCGCUCCGGAGGGCACGAGUGUUUCACAUGGAUCCGUGUCCUUUCGUGCGACUUACUGUGGGUAAUCUGGGGCUGAAAAUCCCUGUGGCGGCGAAGCCGGCGAGGUCCGUGGUUCACCCCUCGUCGUCGCCGUGUUAUUGUAAGAUAAAGCUCAAGAAUUUCCCUCUCCAGACGGCUGUAGUCCCGUACAUUACUCCGGAGCCUCAGUCCCCUGACGGCGCCGCACAAGUCCAGACCUCAGCAGCCGCGGCGACGUUCCAUCUCGGCAAGUCGGAUCUCGAGAAGCUCGCCGGAAAAUCACUCUUCGGUGGGAGUUCGAAAAGGCUUCACCUCACAGUCUCGAUCUACACCGGCGGCCGGGGCACCACUUGCGGCGUGAAUUCCGGGAGAUUAUUGGGGAAAAUUAGAGUGCCGCUGGAUCUGGCGGGAACCGAGACUAGGGCUGUGAUUUUCCAUAACGGGUGGAUUAAUGUGGGCAAAGAAUCCAAAAACUCCAGUGCCCAGUUUCACCUGAACGUCAAGUCGGAACCCGACCCGAGGUUCGUUUUCCAGUUCGACGGAGAACCCGAAUGCAGCCCGCAAGUGUUUCAGAUUCAAGGAAGCAUCCGUCAACCUGUUUUCACUUGCAAAUUCAGCUUCCGCUCCGCCCCCGACCGCAAUCAACGUUCCUGGUCGUUGCCGUCGGAGCUGAGUUGUUCACGGAGCUGGCUAAGUUCAUUUGGGAGCGAAAGGGAGAGGCCCGGAAAGGAGCGAAAAGGAUGGUCCAUUACGGUCCACGACCUGUCCGGUUCGCCCGUGGCAGCUGCUUCAAUGGUCACUCCAUUUGUGGCUUCACCCGGUUCAGACCGGGUGAGCCGGUCCAAUCCCGGUUCGUGGCUCAUCCUACGCCCCGGGGACGGCACCUGGAAGCCGUGGGGCCGGCUGGAGGCCUGGCGAGAGCGCGGCUCAGCGGACGGCCUCGGCUACCGGUUCGAACUCAUCCCCGACUCAGCCGCGGCUGCCGGGAUAGUCUUAGCCGAGUCGACUUUGAGCAGCAGCAAAGGCGGGAAGUUCGUGAUAGACCUGGGCUCAGGGUCACCCACGGGUGCUGCCGGCGGAACGGCCAAUGGGAGGGCGACCCCUGGGAGCGUUGCGUCACCGGCGUGUAGCCCUAGGAGCAGCGGGGACUUCGGAUAUGGGUUGUGGCCCUACUGCAUGUACAGGGGGUUUGUGAUGUCUGCCAGGGUGGCAGGGGUGGGUGACAGCAGAAAAAGCAAAUGUAAUAAACCUACGGUGGAAGUUAGUGUGCAGCACGUGAACUGCACGGAGGAUGCAGCUGCAUACGUGGCUCUGUCAGCUGCCGUUGAUCUUAGCAUGGAUGCGUGUCGGCUUUUCUCUCAAAAGUUGCGAAAAGAAUUGUGCCCUCCACAGGAUUUACUCUGCUGAUCAUUUUUACUUACAUUACAUUAAUUGUUUAGGGGUAUUUGCGAGUGGUAAAAAGAAAUUAAAAAGAUGAUGGUUUUUUGUGAUCCGUCGUCGUUUAGGAGAUUGUCUAAUGGCGAUUAGUUUUUAGUAGUAGUAGUACUAACGAGAGAUUGCUAUAGGCCUAUAGCCUAUAUAGCAUUUGAUUUGUGUAUAAGAGAGAGUGGAAGACUUGGGACUGACAGGGCACCCCUGUUUUUUUGUUAGGUGUGUGGCUAAUUAAAUGUAAUUUUUUUUCCUUGGGUUUUACCAUUUCUUGGUUUGUCAAGGGUGGUUUCUUCUUUUCUUCUUGUGAUAAUAUCUGUCCAAGUUAAUCGCCUAACUAAAUAACGCUUGCGUUAA